AUGGCUGUUGAAAAAGCCUCAAUUUUGGUAGCAGUGGAAAUUGUCGGUUUUAUUUUGAACAAGGUUCGUGAUUGGGCAUCAAAUAAACUCAAGGACGGCGAUUUAACAAACGAAGAACUGCGUCAAGUUCUGCUUCGUGAUUUGAAAGAGAUUAACACGAAACUUGAUUCGUUGUCGCUAAAAGAUCUUGAUGCCAGUCGCAGCUUCCUAAAAGAAGGUCUAUCCAUUUUAAUUAUCGCUCUUGGUCAACCGAGUGAAGAUCAAGAAACCCACGAAGGUCCCGACGAAGCAACAGCUAUUUCAACCUACAGUGCGUCUAGUAGUUUAAAUCAAGUGUUAACACUUCCUCAAGCGAUUCAGAAAUUACAAAUCACGUCUGAAAAACGGUUAGAAGAAGCAAAGAAAUCCUUCCAAAAGGCCCGGGAGCGAGCAAUUGAUGCUUUCAACAACAAGUCGCUGAGCAUCAAAGAUCGAAUUAUGGCUUGCAAGAUACGUGUAGCUGCCAGAAUUUUUGAAUCUGGUCUCGAAGACCCGGAAAUCGCAGUUACUACCUGCCUGUUGGCACUAGAAGAGCUGCAUGGUUUACCAGCAAUUCAAGAUAUGUUCAAAGUUUUUCUCAAUGGAGGAUUGAGAUCAUGGCGAAAUAAAGCAGAACGAUUGGAGAACAUAAUGUCUGUGUUGUUCAUCAACCAUGCCUUAUUUCAUUUCGCUGCCAAGUGUAGCAGUAAAUAUCCCAACGUAUUUACCUGGCCGGGAAUUGAGCUUGAGGAUCGCGCGUUUCAUCCAAUUCUACACGUAUAUGAAAUUGUGAAGAAGACAACCAUUGGUGGAAAAUUUGGCCAACAAAUUUCCCGAAUGGUUACUGACAAGACAACAAAUGUGGUUGCCUAUGCCAAUGCCCAUGCCCGUGCCGAUGUCCGUGCCCAUAACCGUGCCCAUGACCGUGCCUAUGCCCGUGCCUGUGCUGCUCCCCAUGCCGAUUACAAAAAACGUUUCCACACCCGUGCCAUUAAGUAUUCCAAUGUUAUUUACGAUGCUGUUGCCGAUGCCUAUGUUGAUGCCUAUAGCCGUGGUUGGUAUUUUGCUGUAAAUAGCCGUGGUGAAGUUAUUCUACUGUAUGAUAAGAAGAUGGCCGUUAUUUACUGCUCAGGUGAAAGCAAGGAUGUUAUGUUUUCCGAUCUCUCAGGAACUAAAGUGGUUGCACGAGAGCGAAGAGCAGUUACUGUUGAUAGUGAUGACAAUGUUUAUGUUUUAAGAUAUCUUAAGACACGUGAUGAAAAUGGCAUCAAGGGAACUUUUGUGCUUUGCGUUUUGGAUGGGAAUUACAACAUCAAACACGACAACACAUUAUUGGAUUUUCUUAAUGACGGAGAAUAUAAAGGUAUGCGAAUUUCUGUAGACAAAAACAAAAACACAAUCUUCAUCAAACAGGGGGAUACCCAAGUGUUUGUCUGUGAUAACAGAGGAAAGUUUAAGUUUAAGUUGGAAGAAAAUAAAUGUAGCAUAACCAACAUUGGUAUUACUAAUAAAGAUGAAAUUAUGGUACGAUCAACUCAUGAUGGACGUAUACACAGCGUAUACACAGAGUUCUGGUAUACACCACUGAAGGGAACUGUGAGCGUAUACACAACGGAAGGGAAAUUAAAAUCCGAAAUAGAAGUGCCAGAAGGUCAUGAAUGCCUGCAGGUGGCAUUUCAUCAUGGCCUUUGUAAAAUAGUUCUUUUAACCUUUUGGAGGAAAUAUCGACGAAAAUCCUUGUUCCUACUUUGCUACUCUGAAACAGGCGAGCUGGAGCAUUCAGUGUGUGAUAUAUCUUGGUUGAGCGAGAUUGCAAGUCACCCCAGCGGAAAAUUUGCGAUAUUCCAGGGCAAAAGCAUCACCUUGAUUUAA